AUGAAAGCAUAUUUUAUAGUGCUCAUAGUUUUAGGCUGCCUUGUUGCUCUAAUCCUGUACAUGUUUCUGAGAAUAAGAUGUGAAAAAAGGGAACGAAAAAUCUCCAAUACUUCGCAGGAAAGUACUGCUUCAGGCUCAGCAAAUGGUGAUGUCGAAAUUGGCAAAGGAAAAAGAACAAAUAGUGUAAAAGAUGGUGAUAUGGUCAUUUUAGCAGGAGAUGGUGCUGUUGUUGAGGCUAUAGCCAAUAUAGGUACUAAUAUUGUUACCCAAAACAAUGAUUUUGGAUGUUUUGGCUGCGGCGGUGAUGGUGGAGGAUGUGGUGGAGGAUGCGGAAAGAAAAAGGAGGUCAAAAACUUACCGUCGCAGAGAUCCGUUACUGCUGCAAAUGGUGAUGUUGAGAUUGGCGGAGGAAAAGGAAUUAGUAGAAGUGUAAACAAUGGUAAUAUGGUCAUUUUAGCAGGAGAUGGUGGCCGUGUUUUGGCUCCUGCUGCUGUUGUAGCCAGCACAUCAAGUAAUGGCAACUUUGGUAGCAGUGGUGGUGGCGGUUGCGGCGGUGGUGGGGAUGGUGGUGAUGAUGGGGGUUGUGGUGGUGGUGGUUGCGGCGGAUGUGAUGGUUGUGGUGGCUGA